UCGCCGUCGUCGCUUUCCCCGGCGAGGCCGCCCGCGCCGGCCGCCGCCGCCGCCUCUUCUCCGGAGGCCGCCACCGCCUCCCCGCGCGGCGGCUCCGGGGUCACCCGUCUCGCCCCCCCCCUCUCCCGCUAGGGUUUUCUCGGAUCCCGAAUCGCCGUAAGCCACCACCCCCCACGACGACUUCUCUGGUUGUUUUGCUUGGAGCUCGAGCUCACGGGACCGCUGCUUUGGUCGGAUUUGGGGAUCGUGCACCUCUUUCCUAUCUGGUAGUUUCACAAAUGGCCUCAUCCCAACAAGUUGAGCUUGAGGCUGCAAAGCUUCUUCAGAAACUCAUUCAAGAGUCAAAGGAUGAACCUGCUAAAUUAGCAACAAAACUUUAUGUGAUAUGCCAACAUAUGAAACUAAGUGGAAAAGAGCAGUCACUGCCAUAUCAGGUCAUAUCAAGGGCCAUGGAGACUGUUGUAAGCCAACAUGGAAUAGAUAUGGAUGCGUUGCGAUCAUCGAGAAUCCCAUUAGCUGGUGGUCCACAAGCAGGAGAUUCUAGUGGUGCUAUGCCUAAGGAUAAGGAGAUCAUUGGCAGUCAACCUCCCAUGGUUGGUACUGAUGCAUCCCAAAGUAGUGCGCAUGCUGGAUUAUGGAAUUUUCCAUCAGGUAACCAAGUAAAUCAACAUGGUAAUCUCAGCCACCUGUUUUGGAUUUAUGAGUUUGACCUGAUGAUGCAUUGUAUUAUAUUGUCAGGUUCAGCAGAUAUGGCACGUCACAGUGCAUCUAUUUCAGGCAGGGUCCCAGCAGGACCAAAUAGGAGCGAUGUUGCAGGAGCUGAUAUUCAUCAAGGCUCCAUGUCACAGAAGAGUGGAAGAUCCUCUGGAAUGGAAAGCCCUGCCAGUCUGCAAAUAGAGGAUACUAGAUCUAUGAAUUCACAUGAUUCUUUGAAGUCAGAUGAAAAAACAAGCAAAAAAUCAUCUUCUAAGAGAAAAAGAGUGGAUCCAAAAGCAGCAGGGGACUUGCAUUCUGAAGACAACUCAAAAUCAGAUGCCAUGUCUACCGGACAAAAUAUUAGAAAGGGAAAACAGCCUGGCAAAGCUGGUACUCAGGGUCAACUUUCCAGGACAGUCGAACACGAUCCAUCACAUACAUUACAAGUUGGUAAUGCUCAGGUGCCACCGUUACCCAGUGGUGCACCUUUCUUUAGGGCUCACCAGGAAGGACCAUCAGCUUCUUCUGCAAGGACUAUAGACAAGACUAAACCAUCAAAUCCAUUCACAAUGGCACAAAUUUCAAAUUUUGCUGAAGGACUAGCUUCUGGCAACAUUCCUGCUGAGUUGCAGAAAAGUAUAUUGGGAGGAGCAAAUCUACUUAAUGCUAGUUUUGGCUGGAACCAGAAUGCACAAGGUCCAGUUAUGAAGAAUACUCAAGGGUCUGUUCCCAACCUAAUGAGACCUGGUGUUAAUGUCGAAGGGAAAGUUAACUUAGGAUCACAAGGAACUUUUAAUUCUAUGUCUGCAUCACAAAUGGAUUACCCCACAGUUCCUCCUUAUGUGUCUUCUUCCUUUGGAGGUGGUCCACAGUAUCUUGACAAAGGGAAAGACUUGACUUCAGGCAAUACUGGCAGUGAACUAAAUUCUUCUAAAGCUGGAGCUCAGCUGGGGAUCAUGCAUGGCAGUCCAAUGCAAGAAAGGCACGGAAUUGUCAGAGCACCUCAGAGAGCUGGUUCAUCUCAAAUGUCUCAAACCUCUCCCAGCAUUCCAUUCAAAGAGCAGCAGUUGAAGCAGCUCAGAGCGCAGUGCUUAGUAUUUCUUGCAUUUAGAAAUAAUCUGCAGCCCCGGAAGGUACAUCUUGAAAUUGCUUUAGGUGUUGGUCCCCCUGCUUCAGAAGGUGGCAGUGCAGGUCAGAGAGGUAGUGAGAGCAGAAUGGCUGAUGGUUCUGGAAAGGAAAAUGGAAACAGCCAGGAAAACCCUGCUAUUUUUGGUAGGCAAAGUGAUAUUUCUAGACUUCAAUCAACAUCUACAGGCAGUGUUGCGGAUGUUGAUUCCGCAUCAAAGGACCCAGAAAUUGUUAAAAAGAAGAUCAAGAUAGCUGAACAUGAGAAAUCAUUUGAAGCAGAAAAUAUCCAGCAAACCGUUCCUAUACAGGGAACUGAUUCUGAAAUGCAUUCUCAAGAAACGAUAUCUCCCAUGCCAUCUGGGCAACUGCAUUACUUUCAGGGAGAUACAAGAAAAACUACCCCUGAGAUCUACAAGGCUGAUGCAGAAAAUUUGAAUAGGAACUUAGGCUGGGUAGGAGGCCAGGGACCAUCUCCUUUGGGUGGUAAUAGGCAUACUAGUAUGGAAGUUGGCCUCUUGGCCAAAGAUGAAGUGUCCAAAGAACCAUUUGCAGUUUUGAGGCCUCAUCAUAUGCCUGUUGAUGGUAGCAACCACAAUUUAUCUGGAAAGGAUCAAACUCCUGAGACAGCUGGCAAUGAAAUUGAUAAUGGUAGCCACAUGGGAGAGAUGAUAUUUGAGCGAUCUGCAGAUGAAGGAGACGAAGAUCUUUCUGAGCAAGAUGAUUUACCAUUAUCUCCUCCGAAGUACACAAUGACUGAUAAAUGGAUUUUGGAUCAUCAGAAGAGAAGAUAUGAAGAAAACAAAAGGAAGGCAUUAGAGUUACAGAAGGCACACAGGAGAAUUUCAGCAUCCUAUGAGAAGCUAAAGGAAAAUGUUAGUUCAUCGGAGGAUCUUUCUGCAAAAACAAAGAGUGUCAUUGAAUUGAAAAAGCUUCAACUUCUCCAACUUCAACGUCGUGUGCGCAGUGAAUUUUUGCAGGACUUUUUCAAGCCUAAUACUACUGAUUUGGACCGCAUAAAAUCAGUAAAGAAACAUAGACAUGGACGUCGUGUUAAACAGCUUGAAAAAAUUGAACAGAAAAUGAAGGAAGAAAGGCAAAAGAGAAUUCGUGAGAGACAGAAGGAAUUCUUUGCUGAUAUAGAGGCCCACAGAGAGAAACUGGAGGAUAGCUUCAAGGUUAAGAGAGAACGCUUGAAGGGUUUCAAUCGGUACGUAAAAGAGUUCCACAAGAGGAAAGAGCGAAUUCAUAGAGAGAAGUUAGACAGGAUCCAGCGGGAGAAGAUCAACCUGCUUAAGAAUAAUGAUGUUGAAGGAUAUCUUAGGAUGGUUCAGGAUGCAAAAUCUGAUCGUGUUAAGCAACUUCUGCGAGAGACUGAGAAAUAUCUACAGAAGCUUGGUGCCAAACUACAGGGUUCCAAAUCGAUGGAUGGCCGUGUUUCAUAUGCUUCUGAUAGCACAGCAAAUGAUAUUGAAGAUGAGAGCUACCAGCCGCAGCAUUAUCUAGAAAGCAAUGAAAAAUACUAUCAAUUGGCCCACAGUGUAAAGGAGGUCGUGAACGACCAACCUUCUUAUCUUCAGGGUGGGAAAUUGCGAGAGUACCAGAUGAACGGCUUGCGUUGGCUGGUUUCAUUGUACAAUAAUAAUUUAAAUGGAAUUUUAGCUGAUGAAAUGGGUCUUGGCAAAACAGUGCAAGUAAUCUCUUUGUUAUGCUACCUCAUGGAAACAAAAAAUGACCGGGGGCCAUUCCUUGUGGUUGUACCAUCUUCUGUUCUUCCUGGAUGGGAAUCGGAGCUCAACUUCUGGGCACCUAGUAUAAAUAAAAUUGCCUAUGCUGGCCCUCCAGAAGAAAGGCGCAAACUAUUCAAAGAGAUGAUUGUACAUCAGAAAUUCAAUGUUCUUUUGACAACGUACGAGUACUUAAUGAACAAGCAUGAUAGGCCAAAACUAAGCAAAAUACAGUGGCAUUACAUAAUUAUCGAUGAAGGACACCGUAUAAAGAAUGCAUCUUGUAAGCUUAAUGCUGAUUUGAAGCAUUAUCGGAGCUCUCACAGGCUAUUGUUGACAGGAACACCUCUGCAGAACAAUCUUGAGGAGCUAUGGGCACUUUUGAAUUUUCUGUUGCCUAAUAUAUUUAACUCAUCAGAAGACUUCUCUCAGUGGUUUAACAAACCAUUUGAAAGUAAUGGUGAUAGCUCAACCGAGGAGGCCUUACUGUCGGAGGAGGAAAACUUGCUGAUCAUAAAUCGUCUUCACCAAGUUCUUCGUCCUUUUGUACUCCGAAGACUUAAGCAUAAGGUUGAAAAUGAAUUGCCGGAGAAGAUUGAAAGACUUGUAAGAUGUUGGCCAUCUGCUUAUCAGAAACUUCUAAUAAAAAGGGUGGAGGAAAACCUUGGUGGAAUUGGAGCAGUUAAGGUCCGCUCUGUGCACAAUACUGUUAUGGAAUUGAGGAAUAUAUGCAAUCAUCCAUACCUUAGCCAACUUCAUGUUGAAGAGAUUGAGGGUUAUUUACCUAGACACUACCUGCCAUCAAUUCUGAGGCUCUGUGGAAAACUUGAGAUGUUGGAUAGAUUGCUGCCCAAACUCAAAGCCACUGGCCAUAGAGUUCUGCUUUUCUCUACAAUGACAAGAUUGCUUGAUGUAAUGGAGGAUUAUCUUGUAUGGAAGAAGUAUAAAUACCUCCGAUUGGAUGGUCACACUUCUGGCCAGGAGAGAGGAGCUCUUAUCGACAAAUUUAAUAAUCCUAAUUCUCAAGCUUUCAUUUUUCUGCUUAGUAUCCGAGCAGGAGGUGUUGGUGUUAAUCUCCAAGCAGCCGAUACUGUCAUCAUAUUUGACACUGAUUGGAAUCCUCAGGUUGAUCUGCAAGCACAAGCUAGAGCUCACAGAAUUGGUCAGAAGAAGGAAGUUCUUGUUUUACGUUUAGAAACAGUCCAAACAGUGGAGGAGCAAGUCAGGGCUUCAGCAGAGCAUAAAUUAGGUGUUGCUAAUCAGAGUAUUACAGCUGGAUUUUUUGACAACAACACAAGUGCUGAAGAUCGGAGAGAGUAUCUUGAAUCACUGCUACGUGGGGGUAAGAAGGAGGAAGCAGCUCCAGUGUUAGAUGAUGAUGCUCUCAACGAUCUUCUUGCUCGGAGCGAAGAUGAGAUUGAUAUAUUUGAAUCUAUUGACAAGCAAAGGAGAGAGGAAGAAAUGGCUACUUGGCUAACAGUUGUUCAGAAUAGUUCAACUAGUGGGCUCGAUCCCUCUGUAAUGCCUUCUCGUCUUGUAACUGAUGAUGAUCUGAAGUCAUUCUGUCAUGCUAUGAAGAUAUAUGAGUCAUCAAAUAUAAAAAGUGUGAAGGUUGUAAGGAGGAAGGGUGAGCUUGGGGGUCUUGACACACAACAUUAUGGAAGGGGCAAACGUGCUCGUGAGGUUCGCUCUUAUGAGGACCAAUGGACUGAAGAAGAAUUUGAAAAGCUUUGUCAGGUUGAUUCCCCCGAUUCACCUCAACCUGGUGGUAUAUCAAGGGAUGCAGAUGUCCCUAAAGUGGUUAAGUUGGAAGUACCUCCAGAGAGUUCAAAAGAACCAGAGCAAGCCAAAAAAGAGCCAGCUUCUUCUGUUGGAGACUCCCCGCCUGCUAAACGGCGACGAGGUCGACCCAGAAGGUCUGAUGCUUCCUUAUCUCCUGUUACAGCUCCACCAAAUACUGGCAAACAAGAGGCAGGAACUAUAAUUGAUGGCAGUUCUUCUGCACCAACUACUACCAUUCAUUCGGUUGCUCCAGAUGUUACCAUUGAUUCUACUGCACUAUCUGCUACGGGCAAUCCAGAUGUUGGUACUGAGAUUAAGGGUACUACACCAGAUGGUACCAUCAAACCAGUAAUUUGUACUGACAAUAAGGGUACCGCAUCAAUUGCUGUUUUGGAAGGGUCUAAUGCAAAGGAGGUUGGUAUACCAGCACACAGUGUUCAUGAACCUGUAUCCAGUUCAGCACCUCAUCCACCAACCCCUGCUACAUCUAGAGGUAGAAAGACCCAGGCAGGAGAAACACCUCGCAGGCGAGGCCGAAAACCAAAGUCUCUUGCUGCUAGUGCAGGAGAUGUUAUUCUAAGUCCUGUGGUUGCAGUUGGUAGUGGAGAAGCAUAUGCGAGUUCUGUGGUUUCAUCAUAUCCUCAAGGGAAUGUGUCCUCAUCACAUGCAAAUGCUAUGGCAGGUUUGCAGAAGGAUACAAUCAUAUAUAAACCUGCUGCAUUAUUGCCAGAAGGAGUUAAAGGCACUCUAACCCCAUCUGGAGGAGAUAAAGAUGAAAUGGUUAAGACACCUCUGGCAGAAGACAUAUAUGCUGGAACUGUAACUACCUCAGGAAAUGCCAACUCACAGCUGCCAAUGAUAGCUCAUAAUGAAAAUGCUGGAUUGGUUCAAGGGGGCACUGAUCAAAACUUGUCCGUAGCUACACCUACCAUACCUGUGGUUUCAGAAGGGUCAACAAAAAUAUCAGAGGUUGUGGUUGCGGAUAAACCUGCUGAGAAGCAAGGUGCUCGUCGCCGCAGAAAGAAAACAUCUGGUACUGGUAGUGAGGACACUGGGGUGAGCACUAGGCAAAGAGCAGCUAGCAGGAGAUUGUACGGUAUUGGUACCGCUGAUAUUGCAGGUACUGACAUGAGCACAGGGGAGAAAAUAGGAAUAGUGAAGGAAAUAGAUGGUAGUUGUCAAGAUACUUCUAAGGGAUUACCAAAUAUUAUCUCUCCAUCAUAUGAGAAAUCUGGAUAUGACUCUCAACCAAGUACGCCGAUAGCUGUUCCUAUUAACGAGGCUGCACUUCCUAGUGGAUUCAGCGAAGCCCAUGCUACUCAUUCUGAACUACAUCCUGCCAGAGAAUCCAUUAGUUCUGUUGGCCAUGAGAAACUAGCAGGUGCGCACUUGGAAGCACCUCCAUCUGUUUCAUUCCAGGCUCCAGUGCAGCAUGAGACACGGAAGGAUUAUGUGGGAGUACAUUCUGAAGUCGCGACUACUCAUCCGGAAACAAUUACUACCCACUCAUCAGUGAAUCCUGUUAUUGAUCAUAAACUAGCAAAUGUCCAAUUUGAAUCACAUGCUUCACUUCAUACUUCGGGCAAGGAUAUCACCACAAUGCCAUCCGAGGUCGAUAGUGGUGCUCCGAGCAAGGCACCAGGUAGGAGGAGGAAAGGUUCAGCUCGGGAACCCCGCACCAGAAGUAAUUCUGCAACAGCUGCAUCUGAACGUCGUGCUCGACUUGCUGGAUCAAAGCAGCCAGAUGAUAUUAAAAUGGCAGAGAUGUCAGGAAACCCCAGCACUGCAGUCUGCUCUUCUACACAGCAACAGGAAGACAACACUUUGAAAGCUGCGCAUGCUACUGGUUCUGUUGGUGAAGAACAGAACAAUGCUGAGAAUCGUGUGCGUGAAGUGUCAAUGCCAGCAGGCAUAUUGGAGGCAAAGUUAGAGCUGACUAAACAAACUGACCAGGCAGGUACUGAUGAAAAAAGUGCCGCCUUGAGCACGCAAAUUCCAGCAUUGGAUGAAAAAUCAGGAGAAAGAGAGCUUCCUGGAGGUCAUAAUUCAGAGCAGGAACAAGAGAUGGUUUCGGCAGCAAAAUCAGCAUCUGCAAAUGAUGAGGAGCAUAAGGUGCAUGAAGUACAUCAAAUAAUUGCUGAUCACAAUGCACUUCCAUCUAGUGCACAGUACACUCUUCAGGAUAAAAUUGAUAGCAGUGCGGAUGCGGGCCUGGUCCCUUGUGACAAAAUUGCUAGUGUGGUUAUUGCAGUAGAUGACCAAGACCCUAGCAAUGCCUCAGAUAAGGAUGCUCCUGCCUCCACAGAAGAUGAUGGAAAUGGUCUGCAAAGUGAAUGUGUUCAUGUUGAUUUGGUUCUGGCUAAGCAAGAUAAUACGAAAGUUGAAGAUACGCAAAAGUCGAAUCAACCAGCAGAACAAGGGGAAAGCUUGGAGAUGACUGGGUCUAAAUUUAGAUCGGAGACGAGACUGGAAAAAACAGAAGAAACCGUGGAUAAGAGUGGUGGUGACAAUCUACCAACUAUUGAGAAAAAUGAUGAUUCUCCCAUAGAAAGGUCAUCUCCUUCAGCAGACAAAAUUGCCCAAGUAGCAUAUGGGGGUGAAGCAGGAACUGAAACAACUACGGUGGAGGCCGUUUCUGCUAUGAAUUCUGAUGGCUUACAGGAUGUUCGCAAUGCCUUGUCCACCCAUGGCUUAUCAACCAAUGAUAUUACUGUUGCUUCGGAAGAACACAGGGAUCCUGAGAGUCAUUUGUCUGGUGAAGUGUCAAUGUCAGGUGGAUCCUCAGAGCUCAAGUUAGAAUCGCUAAACCAAUCAGAAUCUGCUUGCCAGUCUGGUGAAGUAACUCUGGAAGAUACACAUGCCACCUUGGACAUUCAGAUUCCUGCAUUGAUUGAAUCAGAAGAAAAAAAGUCACCUGGAGGCGAUGUGCAUGGUAGUGAAGAACAACACAUGCAUGAAGUACUUCAUAAUACUGUUGAUGGCUCUAUCUCUCCAUCCAAUAGGGAGCAGGACAAGCUGCAAGUUCAUAUUGAUACUAACACUGACGUAGACAUUCCUAGUUCUGACAAGGACCAUUCUACUGAUAUUGUUUUAGCAGGUUGCCAAGCCCCUUGCGAUGCCUCAGGUAAGGAUAAGCUGUCCACCUGUGAUGCCUCAGGUAAGGAUAUGGCUGCCCCUACAGACGAUGAUCUCAAUUGUCUGCAAAGUGAAGAUACUGUCAUUCCUGUGGCUGAUGCUAAGGACGAGACUAUGCUAGUCAAAGCUAUUCAGAAUGACGAAAUGUCUAUGGGCUCUUCUCAUGGCUUACCUGCUACCAUACAAUCAACUGAUUCAGAUCGUCUUGCAGAAGAAGGGGAGAGUGCAGAAAUUACUGGCUCUAAAUUUUCAUGCGGGAUGGAACAGGAGAAAAUGGAAGAGCCCUUGGAUAAGAGUGUCACUGACAAUCAAACCAGCAGUCAGAUAAAUGAUGGUUCAAACAACAUGGAUUCACAAAAAGUGGAUAGUUCUUUGCAAGCAGCCGAUGGUGGUGAUCUUUUGGUAAGUAGAGGAACCAGUGUUGAAACCACCACUGCUAUUAAUACUGAUGCGUCAGAUGAAAGUAUCAGUGUGUCCACUCAGUCCGUCAAAGAGGCUAGCACAGUAGAAAUUGGUGCAUCUACUAAUGACAUAGCUCCUGCUUGUGAAUUAAGAAAGGAUUUUGAGUCUCAUGUAUCUGGUUGUGUGUCAAAGCCAGUAGGAUUGUCGGAACUCAGGUUAGAAGAGCUGAGCCAAACAAAGUCUGUUUCGCAGUCUAUUGUAGCAAAUGCUGAAGAAACAAGUACCAGGUCUGACAUUGAAACUCCUGCAAUGGAUGCAUCAGAAAGUAAAUCACCUGAAAGCGAUGUGCAUGAGUUGAGUGAAAGGGUGGAGUUCAUGGGACCAACGCCAAGUGCAAAUGAGAAGAGUAAUGAACUUCAUAGUCAAGAACUAGUGAAGAUGAUUUCAGCUGCAGAAACAGCAUCAACAGAAGGUCAUCGCGAAAAAGACACGUGUGAAGUAGAUCAUAAGAUUGAUUGCACUAUAUUUUCACCAAUUGGGGAUCAGGACACACGAAACAGAAUUGAUGGUGACACAGAUUGUGGUGUGCCCUCUUGUCAAAGAAAUGCAGCUUUUGACUCUGAAAAUGAAGUCUCUGCUGAGAUUAAUUUAACAGGCAGCCAAGCACCUUGUGAUGCCCCCAAUAAGGCCACUCCUGCUCCCACAGAAGAUGAUCACAAUGGUCAGGAAAGCGAAGAUACUGUGAUUGGUGCUGAGCAAGGCACUGUUGAAGUUGAAGCUAUGCAGAUUGAUGGUAUCUCCAAAAGCUAUUCCAGUGAUUCCCAUGCCACUUUACAAUCAAGUGACUCAAAUCAGCUAGUGAACAGUGACUCAAAAUUUGAAUCAUCAAAGAAACAUGACAAAACAGAUGAAACUUCCAAUGAAAGUAGAGGUGACAAUCCAACCCACAGUUGUACAAACGAUGAUUCCCAUGAUAAGAAUUUAGUAGGAUGUUCUCCUUCAGAAGACUUAAAUGAGGACAAUUCUGCCCAGUUAGCUGAUGGUGAUGAUUUAGUGGGAAGUAAGGAUACUACUGCUGCACACGCCAGUGGCUUAAAGGAGCUUACCUCUGGCAAUUAUGUUGCCUCAUCUUCUAGCCAUGUUGUUCAAGAUGUAACAUCCAUCUCGAAAAUGGAGUCUGUGCAGGCUGGUAGUGAGGAAAUCUAUCAUGGCUACUCUGAUGAAACCAUCCAUUCUGCUAGAAUCAAACCAGUGGUUGGUACUGAAAUUACGGAAAAUGCUUCUGUUGCUUCUGCACCAGUUAUUACCAUCCAACCAGAUAUUGAAACUGAAGCUGGUGUUACUGCGUCUUUGACUGUUUUGGAAGGGUCUAUAGCAGAGGAAGUUGAUACACAAGUAGAAAGUGGCCAUGAUCUGGUCACUAGUACAGCCCCUCUUUCACCAGCUCCUUUACCCGGUGAGAGUCAUGCGUGCACUGAUGUAUCAUGUCCUGUGGCUGUGGAGGUAUCAGAGACAAAGCUAGAGUCAGCAAACCACACAGCUAGCCAGUUAGGUGCAGCUUGUACAGAAACACCAAAUGCCUUGUUGAACACUCUGAUCCCUGCGUUACCUGAAUCGGAGGAAACAAAACUUUCUGGAAGUGAUACAGAUGGAAAGACCAUUAUGGCAGAGCUUGCAUCUUCCAGUGAUGAACAUGAUAAGGUGCAUGAAGUAGGUAAUGAAACUGGUGAUGAUAAUAAACUUCCAUCUAGUGUGGCAGAAGAUGCAGUGCAAGGUGAAAUUGAUGGCAGUGCUGACAUGGACAGUCAAAUAAUUGCUGGUAGUUCCGAAGCAGAAAUCAACAAUUCUACUGUGGCUACUAUAGCUGACAGCCAAAUACCUUUUGAUCCCUCAGAUAAGGACACUCUUGCAGAAGAUGGCAAUGGUCUGCAACGUGAAGGUACUACUGUGGAUGUGACUGGUUCUAAGGAAGAUGAUAUGGAAGCUGAAGAGAAGCAGAUGGAUGAUAGUCAUUUGCCCGCUGCUUUACAAUCAACUGAGUCAAGCCAGCCCACAGAACAUGCUGCCCCCACACAAGAUGAUGGCAAUGGUCUGCAAUGUGAAGGUACUACUGUUGAUGUGUCUGGUUCUAAGGAAGAUAUUAUGGAAGUUGAGGAGAAGCUGAUUGAUGAUAUUUCCGGAAGCCCUUCUAGUCAUUUGCCUGUUGCUUUAAAAUCAACUGAGUCAAAUCAGCCUGCAGAACAUGCUGUCCCCGCAGAAGAUGAUGGCGAUGGUCUGCAAAGCGAAGGUACCGCUGUUGAUGUGGUUGAUUCCAAGAAAGAUGAUAUGGAAGUUGAAGAAAAGCAGAUUGAUAUCUCUAGAGGCUCAUCUAGCUUUCUGCCUGGCGCUUUAGAAUCAGCUGAAUUAAAUCAACCUGCAGAACAUACUGCCCCCACAGAAGAUCAUGGCAAUUGUCUCCAAAGUGAAGGUACUGCUGUUGAUGUGCCUUGUUCCAAGGAAGAUAAUAUGGAAGUUGAAGACCAGUUUGACGGUAUUUCUAGAGGCCCAUCUAGCUUUUCUCCUGACACUCUAGAAUCAGCUGAGUUAAAUCAAGCUGCAGAACAUGCUGCCCCCACAGAAGAUGAUGGCAAUGGUCCGCAAAGUGAAGGCACUUCUGUUGAUGUGGCUGGUUCUAAGGAGGACAAUAUAGAAGUCGAAGAGAAGAUUGAUGAUAUCUCUAGAGGCUCGUCUAGUCAUUUGCCUGAUGUUUUACAGUCGACUCCAAAUCAGCGUGCAGAGCAAGAGUGUUUAGAUAAUAGUGAUGACGUGAACACAUCUGUUGUUUCCUCCCAUGCCCCAUUAAGUGGCCCCAAAUUUACAUGUGUGAAAGAACUUGAAAAGGCAGAUGAAACCUUGGAAACGAGUGAUGCCCAAGUAGCAGAUGAAGUCUGUUUACAGACAAAUGAUGGUGCUCACAAUAUGGCUUCAGGAAGUUGUUCCACUUUAGAAGACAAAAACGAGGACAGUUCUGCCCAAAUAGCUGAUUGUGAAGAUUUAUUGCUAAGGAAAGGAACUACUGUUGAUGACCUUGAUGGCUGUGUCGAAGGUCACAGUGGCUUGUCCACCCAUUCCAAUGAUGAAGUGCGCAACCUGGUAGAAAUUGUCAAGGGUAUGAAUGAUACUACUGCUGGCAGUGAAGUGCAUGUGGAUCCUGAAAGUCAUGUAUCUGAUGAAGUGUCAAUGCCAGUUGCACCAUCAGAGCUCAAGGUAGAAUUGAAGAACCAAUCAGAACCUGCCUGUCAGUUUGGGGCAGUGAUCGUCGAGGAAUCAAAUGUCAGCUUGGGCAUUCAGACUCCUGCAUUAGCUGAAUCAGAAGAAAUGACAUCAGGAGGUUUCAUGCACGGUAAAGAAGUUUGUGCUUCAGAACAAACGAAUAUAGGUGCGGCUGCAGAACCUGCAUCUACAAAAGAUGAUCAUGAUAUGCAUGAAGUUGAUAAAGAGAUUGUUCAUUGUACAAUAUCUUCCCCCAUAGGGGAUCAGGAAAAUCUGCAAGGUAACAUUGAUGGCAAGAUGGACGUUGGCCUGGCGGCUUGCCAGACAGAGUCAGAUUUUGUGAGUGGAAAUGACCAUUCUAGGGAGACUGAUUUAGCAGGCAGCCAGGCACCUUAUGAUGCCUCGGAUAAGGAAGAUACUGCUGCUGAUUUGAUUGGUCCUAAGCAAGCCACUCUCGAGAUCGAAAAAAUGCAGAUUGAUGGUAUUCCUGAAGGUCCUUCUAGCGUGCCUGCUGUUUUGCAGUUAACUGACUCAAAUCAGCCAGCAGAACAAGAGAGAUUAGAGAAUAGUGACUCUAAAUUUGCAUCAACAAAGGACCAGGGCAGAGUGGAUGGAACUUCCAAUUUGAGUGGAGGUGAUAAUGCAAAGUGUAGUCUUACCAAUGAUGAUUCUCAAACUGUGAAUCUAGUAGGAUAUUCACCAUCAGAAGACUCGAAUGAUGAUGAUUCUGUCCAAGCAGCUGAUAGUGAUGGCGUUCUGGGAAAUAAAGAAGGUACUGAUGAUGUUAUCUCUGCUGCAUGUACCGAUGAUGUAUCCAUGCUGAAGACUGAAUCAAUAGAUCGUCAUGGUUCUGACGAAGUUGAUCAUUCCACUGCCCCGUCUGCUGCCAUCAAACAAGAGAGUGGUACUGAAGUUACGUGUGACGCUUCUGUUCCUGUUUCUGAAAGCUCUAUAUCAAAGGAAAUCGGUACAUCGCCUGAGUGUGAUGAUGAUCAAGUGGCUACAGCAGCACCUCAUCCACCAACGCCAUUAUCUGAUGCUACUGAUGUAUCUGCUGAUGUGCAAAUCCCAGCAGGAAUAUCGGAGGCAAAGCUAGAGCAGCCGAACGAAACGACUAGCCCGUCGGGUGCUGCUACUGAAGAAAAUAAUACUGUCGUGAGCACUCAGAUUCCAACAUUAGCUGAAUCAGAAGAUAGAACACCCGCCGAUACUGCUAUUCAAGGUACUGAGGUUGACAGCGCUGAGCCAGCAUCUGUAAGUGAUGACGAAAACAAGGUUACAGCAGCUGAUGAUAGUGCACUCCCGUCUACUGGGCCAGAGGAUACAGCGGACGAUAAAAUUGAUAGCAGCGCUGAUGCUAGUGAGAAGUAGGUUAUGACAGACUGAGUAUGUAAAUGAUCUCUCUCAAACCUAGUUGUAAAUGUUACUGCUGAACUGAUACAGCCCAACUACUAUAGUGCCUUAGUUAUAAUUAUUAUUGCAUCUUUUGCUAAUAUUAUGUUAAUUCCACCU